AUGCAAUCAAUAUAUCUUCAUAAAGCCACCUUGACUUGGUUCAAAGACCUCAAUGUCCCAGAACAGUUUGGCCUUGCUACUAAUCAGGUUACGCCAUUCUACAUCCCGACACCUGAUGGCGAGAGGCUGCACUCAUGGCAUAUUUUGCCCCUGGGUGCCUACAUCGGCAAUCAAUCCGAGCUUCUAGCGCAAGGGAGUGGAUUGGUGGAUAGUUUCGAAGAAAAGCUCAAUUUCAAGCUUCUGAAAAACAACCCAAAUGUUCGCCUUGUUCUUUAUUUUCAUGGCACAAGUGGCACAAUCGCCACCUUUGACUAUCGAGGCUACGGCAAAUCAAGUGGCGAGCCCUCUGAAGGUGGAAUCAUCCAGGAUGCUCUUACCAUUGCGGCCUGGGCUAUGGAGGUGGCUGGGAUCCCUCCAGAGCGUAUUGUUGUAUACGGCCAGAGCCUCGGCUCUGCGGUCUCGAUUUCUCUGGUUAAUGAACUGGUCAAAAGAGAACAGAAGACCCAUUUCGCUGGUCUUGUAGUCACCGCAACCUUCUCUGAUGUCGCCCAACUAGCAGCUACAUAUCGGAUUGGAGGUGUUAUUCCUAUGCUCUCCCCUGUCGCCAAGGUUGGUCCGCUGUUCGAGUACUUUACAAGUCGCUUGACCAGUACAUGGGACAACCAGAAACGACUGGGCGAAAUCAUUGAAUUGGCUGAACAGUUUGAUAUCACUUUGUUGCAUGCUGAGGAUGACCCAUUUAUCCCGAUAGAUCACUCACAUCGCCUGAUUCGACAUCUGAUUGAUAUCGCGGAAGACCCUGAGAUUUAUUCAGGUGUUGAUGCAAAUGGGAGCUUAAUAGAGAGAUUGAAGACCAGGCAGGAUUCUCGGGGUGAGGGAGGAUCGGUUCUUGAAUGGCCAACAAACAAAGGCAAAAUUCGAUUCGUCACACUGAGGUAUGGCGCUCACGAUGAGAUCAUGUCGCACGCUGCUACAAGCAUUGCUAUUAGAAAAACGUUUGGUUCCGCAUCAUAUUUCUAG